AUGACAUCAGGUGCACCAAUAGAGGCUUACGUAGCGCCGACUUUGUACUCCAUUAUUUUCGUGGUCGGGGUUGUCGGCAACUCGCUGGUGAUCUACAUCGUGGCCCGCUUCAGCGAGAUGAGAACCGUUACCAACUAUUACAUCGUCAACCUGGCCGUCACGGACCUGGCCUUCCUGGUGUGCUGUAUACCCUUCACCGCUGCCAACUACACUCUGCCGUCAUGGAUCUUCGGAGAAGCUCUGUGCAAGAUCGUUAACUACCUAAAACAAGUCGCGGCCCAGGCGACUUGUCUGACCCUAGCGGUCCUGAGUGUGGACCGGUACUGCGCUAUCGUACACCCGCUCGCUUCUCUGAAGUUCCGCAGGACCCGCUUCGCAUUGGUCGCCAGCGUGUGUACGUGGGCAGCUUCUUUCCUGCUGGCUAUACCCGUGGCGAUCUACUACCGACUGGUCAGCUUCAACUUCCACGGCAUGCGGACGUACUGCCGCCCGGUGUGGCCCUCAGUGGUCUGGGAGCAAGGCUACAUGAUCUACACCGUCCUCAUCACGUACGCCAUCCCGAUGACCGUCUGCUCCGUAGCCUGCUUCUGCAUCGCCAAGCAACUGCGGAACCGCUUUAGGGAGAACCAGACAGGGCCGCUAGCAUCUAUCAUGCAGACCAGACGCGUCAUAUCCAUGGUAGUGGGCGUGGUCAUCCUCUUCGGAAUCUGCUGGCUACCGAAUCACGCGCUGAAUCUGUGGCGAACAAUCUACAUCCGCAACAAGAUACCAGCUUCUGUCUACUGGGCUAAGAUGUUCGCCCUGUUCCUGAGCUAUGCCAACUCCGCCAUCAACCCGUUUGUCUACACACUCCUUGGGGAGAACUACCGGAAGUGCCUGAGAAAGACCGGAUGCUGCUGUCGUCAUGGCAACCAGAAGCGGGACGGAACGCUCACCCUGAAGACAUGCAGGAGAUCCGGACCAGGCCGCUCCGACAUACCGGCUAUCAAAAUCACCCUGGCAACGGACCCGGACGCGUGUGGACCCGACAAGGAAGCUGGGGAUGCGUCUGAAGUGUGA